AUGCAUGGGAGAUUCUCUAAUGAAGCCAAUGAAGAAGAUGUGAACUACAUUGGAAACUAUGGGAACAAGGGAUACAAUCCAAGCUAUCGCCCAAACCCCAACAUGUCUUAUAGAAACCCCAAUGUGGAGAAUCCUCAAGACCAAGUGUAUCCUCCAAGGUAUCCACAACAACAAAGACCUCCUUACCAAUCUCAAGGAAGUCAAUUUCAGCCAAGGCAAGGAUAUGAGCAGAGAUCAUCAUAUCCGCCCAAGGAGCCAUAUGCUUCUUCACCAAAUCAAGCUCCUCCAAACCAACAAGGUGGGAGAUUUGAAGGAAUCCUCCAACAGAUCAUGGAUGGCCAGAAGAGAAACACUAAAGAGAUGUAUGAGAAGAUGGACACUUUGUUCAGCAAUCUCAACACCAAGUAUGAUGCUGUUGCCACUCAUGUGAAGAAACUAGAGACUCAAGUCACUCAAACUAUGGAAGCUGUUAAGAGACAGGAAGCUGAAUCCAAGAAGUCCUUUUGCAACUCAGCCGCCAUAGAAGAAAGAUUUGAAGACCAAGUUCCAGAAUGGAUGCUUUCAAAACCUACUGUUGAUUGCAUGAUUUGGCCUGAAGAGAAUUACCCAGAGAGAGAGUCCAAUCGAGCUAGAAAGAGAAGACUCUUCCCAAAGAUUAUCCCCAAGACUGAUAACUCAGGAAAGUUUGUUGUGCCUUGUAUCAUCAAAGGUAACAUUCUUGAGCAAUCUUUGUGUGACACAGGAGCCAAUGUGAACAUCAUGUCUAAGAGGAUAGCUGACAAGAUAGGCCUCACCAAGAUAGAGCCAUCAUCCAUCUCCAUCAACUAUGCUGAUUCAUUCUCACAAACCCCUAUGGCUUUGUGCCUAAUGUGA